AGUGCAGAAAUGGUGACCAAAAUCUCGCUUUAAAGAAGAGCCCAAAUAGGGAAAAGGUGAAGCCCAGAUUGUGAGCGAGAGGAGCCGCCUGAGGCAGCGGAACGAAUCGACGUCCCCCAGCGCCGAGACGAGUCAGACGACGCCCCUCGCAGGCAUUGGCGCCCAACCUCUUCGAUUCAUCUGGCGUCACUGCGUUCUUUGUAGAGUUUCAUACCAGUUGAAGAAGGGAAGAGAACUACUAGUUUAUCAAAGUUCGGUCUUCUUUUCUCGCGACAUAUUUUGUUUGUUUGGUCAUGGAAAGAAGAUCUAAUUGUACCCCGGAGGGGGAAAAUGGAGUAUUGGAUGUGAAACCAUUACGUUCUUUAGCGCCAAUGUUCCCUGCGCCUUUUGGCUUCAACAUGGUUACACAGUCAAAUGUGCCACCCCUUGUUUGCAUCAGCCCCUUUGGCUCAUCUGUUUCAGGUCUGGAUCCUUCACAUUUCAACCAAAGACCCCCAAAUAAAGGCUCUAUUGCCACAAAUGAGGGAGCUGCUCAUGUUGCAAUGAGGUUUGGUGUUAAUGGCGACAUAAAUUUCACACCAGUCUCUGCUUCAAAUAGAACACCACUCCCUGGAUCCUUUGGGAAAACAGGACCGAGCAUUGUGCCUGUGGAUGACGAUGACGAUGACCACUCUUUUGAAGGUAAAACUCAAGUUUCGGGCAAGAGAGGUAAAAAAUCACGAGCAAGUAGCUCUGGGUCAGAUGCCAAACGCAAACGACUUAUUAAGAGUUCAAGGAAGCUGCUUCCUUUGGUGCUACCUAUGCCAGAUAACCCAAGGGAGUCAGUGGAUAUGAUCCUUAUGACUUUUGAUGCACUCCGCAGGAGGAUUCUUCAGGUGGAUGAGGUAAAAGAUGAGAGCAACCGUCAAUACUUGAAAGCUGGGGCCAUUAUGACGGCUAGGAAUGUGAAGACUAAUGUGGGAAAAAGGGUUGGAUCUAUUCCAGGAGUUGAAGUUGGAGAUAUUUUCUAUUUCAGAUUUGAGAUGAACUUGAUUGGUUUGCACACUCCUAGUAUGGCUGGUAUUGAUUACCUAACAACUAGAUUUGGUGACAAAGAUGAGCCUGUUGCUAUUUGUGUUGUGUCAGCUGGUGGUUAUGAGAAUGAAGAGGAUGAUGUUGAUGUCUUGAUUUACAGUGGCCAGGGAGGUAGUGGGAAGCAUGAAAAUAAACCAGUUGAUCAGAAAUUGGAAAGAGGGAACCUUGCCCUUGACAGAAGUUCUCACAGGAAGAAUCAGAUCCGGGUUGUACGUAGUGCCAAAGAUAUUAAUUGUCCAACUGGUAAAAUAUACAUCUACGAUGGACUUUACAAGAUUGAAAGCUCAUGGAUAGAGAAAGCUAAGGCAGGCUUUAACAUGUUCAAGUACAAGUUGCUAAGAGAACCAGGACAGCCUGAUGGAAUUGCAAUAUGGAAAAUGACCCAGAAGUGGAAAGAAAAUCCAUCAAGUAGAGGUAGAGUGAUAUUGCAUGACGUAUCAUCAGGUGCAGAAAACAUUCCUGUUUGCCUUGUCAAUGAUGUUGAUGAUGAGAGAGGACCAAACCAUUUCGUAUACAUAACGAGGGUCAAGUAUCACCAUCCUACUGAUAUGAUGAAGCCUCUACAGGGUUGCAUGUGCCUAAGUGUGUGUCUCCCUGGUGACGUGAACUGCUCUUGUGCGCACCAUAAUGGGGGUGAUUUACCAUACAAUUCAAUGGGUCUUCUUGUAUGUCGUAAGCCGUUAAUUUAUGAGUGUUCCUCAUCUUGCCAAUGCACAUUAAAUUGCCGAAAUAGGGUGACUCAGAAGGGUAUUAGGCUUCACUUUGAAAUUUUCAGGACAAGUAAUUGCGGUUGGGGUCUUCGUUCCUGGGACCCUAUUAGAGCAGGUACAUUUAUUUGUGAAUAUACUGGUGAGGUUAUUGAUAGGAGCAAAAUUGCAGAUGAAGGUGAAGAGGAUGAGCAUAUCUUUCAAGCUACCUAUCUUGGUGAAAAAGCAAUGGGGUUCAAUUGUUGGCCUGAAUUAUUGGAAGAGGCUGAAUUAACUAGUGAAACUGAGGUGUUUAGGUCAUUUCCCAUUACAUUAAGUGCAAAGAAUUUGGGCAACAUAUCCCGUUUUAUGAAUCAUAGCUGCUCCCCUAAUGUCUUUUGGCAACCAGUUUUAUAUGAUCAUGGUGAUGAAGAGUAUCCACAUAUAAUGUUCUUUGCAAUGAAGCACAUACCCCCUAUGACUGAACUGACAUAUGAUUAUGGUCCUGGAUCUGGAUCACUCUAUAGUAAGAAGUGCUUGUGUGGAUCAUCAAAUUGCCGAGGUUAUUUUGGAUAAAACUUCAUCGAUAGUUUAUUCAUAAGAAAUCACCCAUCCCUCAAGUUUCAUGUAUUUUGAUCUCUGAUGCGCACAAGGGAAGACGACAUCUUGGUCCUCGAAGCGUGGGGCUUAUGACACUAAGAUUUUUGGAUGUUAAGGAAACUGAUAUUAUUGACCGACUGUAGACUGUCCCUGCCCUCAUUACUGCGGCAGUAUUUACUGUAUGUGUACAGUAUCCAUCAACUGGCACAAUGAAACAUGAAUGGAUGUCAUAUUUUGGAAGUGUAACCUAACCUGUCUGUAUAAUUAGCAAGAUAGAUGGUAGUUUGAUGCGUAGAACUAAACUUAGUUUCUUUGUGAAGCAAACUGGUUUUGGGAAUUGUAGCUUUCUAGUGUUUUAGUAUGUUAAGGUUUGUUUUUUUGGUCAA